CCUGGGAGGUGGAGGUUGUAGUAAGCCGAGAUCGUGCCCAGCCUGGGCGACAGAGCGAGACUCUGUCUCAGAAAAAAAAAAAAAAAAAAAGAAAAGAAAACUUCUAUUAAGGUGGUGGGGCUUAGGGGUCUUUUUUACUUUUCAAUUUCUGAUGUUAUGUUCUAGGAGUGAUAUGCAAAACUCGUAUGAAGUUGGAAGUUGUUCUGUGUUUUUAGGACCCACAGGAUGUGGUAGUGUAGUAGUUAGAAGACAGACUUGGAAGUUAAAACAAGCCAAGGUUCAAAUCCUGACUUUGCAGUUUCUUGCUGUGUGAUUUUGGGCCAGGCACUUAUUCCUCGUUUCUUUGUCUGCGAAAGGGUGAUGUUCGAGGUCAGGAGAUCGAGAACAUCCUGGCUAGCAUGGUGGAAACCCUGUCUCUACUGAAAAAUACAAAAAAAAUUAGCCGCGCACUGUGGCGGGUGCCUGUAGUCCCAGCUACUCGGGAGGCUGAGGCAGGAGAAUGGCGUGAACCCAGGAGGCGGAGUUUGCAGUGAACAGAGAUCGCGACACUGUACUCCAGCCUGGGAGACAGAGCGAGACUCUGUCUCAAAAAAAAAAAAAAAAAAAAGGGUGAUGUUGCCAGAAGCCAUGAGAGGAUGAGGAGGCUGUAGAAUCAGAGUGCUUACAAGCAGGAAAGCUGAGUUUCUGGCCGGGCACGGUGGCUCAUGCCUGUCAUCCCGACACUGUGAGAGGCCAAGGUCGGCGGAUCACUUGAGGUCAGGAGUUUGAGACCAACCUGGCCAACAUGGUGAAACCCCAUCUCUACUAAAAAUACAAAAAUUAGCCGGAUGCGGUGGUGCGUGCUUGUAAUCCCAGCUACUUGGGAGGCUGAGAAUCGCUUGAACCUGGGAGGUGGAGGUUGCAGUGAGCUGAGAUGGCACCACUGUGCUCCAGCUUGGGCAACAAGAGUGAAACUGUCUCAAAAAAAAAAAAAAGUAGAGCUUAUAUUCUUUUUUUUUUUUUGAGACAGGGUCAUUUUGAAGUUGAUGACUCUGAGUUAGCACCAUCUCAGCUCACUGCAACCUCCACCUCCUGGGUUCAAGUGAUCCUUCCACCUCAGCCUCCCGAGUAGCUGGGACAGGUGCACAUCACCACACCAGGCUAAUUUUUGUAUUUUUAGUAGAGAUGGGGUUUUGCCAUGUUGGCUGGGUUGGUCUCAAACUCCUGACCUCGGGUGAUCUGCCCAGCUCAGUCUUCCAAAGUGCUGGAAUUGUUUAGGCAUGAGCCACCAUGCCCGGCCAGGUGUUUAUUUUCUAAAUCCAAAAUUUUUCAUCAGAUCUGCUCAGUUUUAAGUAACGUCCUCAAAAUCUAUUUUGCUCUUCUAUUUUCUAACUUGGUAAGAAGUGUUUUAUAGGCCGGGCGCGGUGGCUCACGCUUGUAAUCCCAGCACUUUGGGAGGCCGAGGCGGGCGGAUCAUGAGGUCAGGAGAUCGAGACCACGGUGAAACCCCGUCUCUACUAAAAAUACAAAAAAAAUUAGCCGGGCGUGGUGGCGGGCGCCUGUAGUCCCAGCUACUCGGAGAGGCUGAGGCAGGAGAAUGGCAUGAACCCGGGAGGCGGAGCUUGCAGUGAGCCGAGAUUGCGCCACUGCACUCCAGCCUGGGCGACAGAGCGAGGCUCCGUCUCAAAAAAAAAAAAAAAAAAAAGAAGUGUUUUAUAAUUAUUUUCCAAAUUACACUCAAACACCCUCCAUCUGUCCAAAGGUGCCGGAGAGUCAUGCCCGUGAGCCCUGGGCCCCUCCUGAUGUCCUGUGAGGCCACGGUGUUCCCAAACCUCAGGGUUGCCCUGCCCCACUCCAGAGGCUCUCAGGCCCCACCCCGGAGCCCUCUGUGUGGAGCUGCCUCCUCCUGGCCAGUUCCCCUGUAGUCCUGAAGGGAGACCUGCUGUGCGGAGCCUCUUCUGGGACCCAGCCAUGAGUGUGGAGCUGAGCAAGUGAACUUGAAACUCUUCCACUGUGAGUCAAGGAGGCUUUUCCGCACAUGAAGGACGCUGAGUGGGAAGGACUCGUGUCUGCCUGCAGUUGUAGCGAGUGGACCAGCAAGCACCAGGGGCUCUCUAGACUGCCCCUCCUCCAUUGCCUUCCCUGCCUCUCCAGGACAGAGUAGCCCCGUCUGCACACCUCACCCUCUUUACACUCAGUUUUCAGAGCACGUUUCUCCUAUUUCCUGGGUGUUGCAGCACCUACCUGAACUUAUUCAGACUACCUACUUCUCUAGCAGCACUGGGCGUCCCUUCCAGCAAGACGAUGGCUGUGCUCAGGCAGCUGGCGCUCCUCCUCUGGAAGAACUACACCCUGCAGAAGCGGAAAGUCCUGGUGACAAUCCUGGAACUCUUCCUGCCAUUGCUGUUUUCUGGGAUCCUGAUCUGGCUUCGCUUGAAGAUUCAGUCGGAAAAUGUGCCCAACGCCACCAUCUACCCGGGCCAGUCCAUCCAGGAGCUGCCUCUGUUCUUCACCUUCCCUCCGCCAGGAGACACCUGGGAGCUCGCCUACAUCCCUUCUCACAGUGACGCUGCCAAGACCGUCACCGAGACAGUGCACAGGGCACUUGUGAUCAACAUGCGAGUGCGCGGCUUUCCCUCCGAGAAGGACUUUGAGGAGUACAUUAGGUAUGACAACCGCUCGUCCAGCGUGCUGGCCGCCGUGGUCUUCGAGCACCCCUUCAACCACAGCAAGGAACCCCUGCCGCUGGCGGUGAAAUAUCACCUACGGUUCAGUUACACACGGAGAAAUUACAUGUGGACCCAAACAGGCUCCUUUUUCCUGAAGGAGACAGAAGGCUGGCACACUACUUCCCUUUUCCCGCUUUUCCCAAACCCAGGACCAAGGGAACCUACAUCCCCUGAUGGUGGAGAACCUGGGUACAUCCGGGAAGGCUUCCUGGCCGUGCAGCAUGCUGUGGACCGGGCCAUCAUGCAGUACCAUGCCGAUGCUGCCACACGCCAGCUGUUCCAGAGACUGACGGUGACCAUCAAGAGGUUCCCGUACCCGCCAUUCAUCGCAGACCCCUUCCUCGUGGCCAUCCAGUACCAGCUGCCCCUGCUGCUGCUGCUCAGCUUCACCUACACCGCGCUCACCAUUGCCCGUGCUGUCGUGCAGGAGAAAGAAAGGAGGCUGAAGGAGUACAUGCGCAUGAUGGGGCUCAGCAGCUGGCUACACUGGAGUGCCUGGUUCCUCUUGUUCUUCCUCUUCCUCCUCAUCGCUGCCUCCUUCAUGACCCUGCUCUUCUGUGUCAAGGUGAAGCCGGAUGUAGCCGUGCUGUCCCGCAGCGACCCCUCCCUGGUGCUGGCCUUCCUGCUGUGCUUUGCCAUCUCUACCAUCUCCUUCAGCUUCAUGGUCAGCACCUUCUUCAGCAAAGCCAACAUGGCAGCAGCCUUCGGCGGCUUCCUCUACUUCUUCACCUACAUCCCCUACUUCUUCGUGGCCCCUCGGUACAACUGGAUGACUCUGAGCCAGAAGCUCUGCUCCUGCCUCCUGUCCAACGUCGCCAUGGCAAUGGGAGCCCAGCUCAUUGGGAAAUUUGAGGCGAAAGGCAUGGGCAUCCAGUGGCGAGAACUCCUGAGUCCCGUCAACGUGGACGACGACUUCUGCUUCGGGCAGGUGCUGGGGAUGCUGCUGCUGGACUCUGUGCUCUAUGGCCUGGUGACCUGGUACAUGGAGGCCGUCUUCCCAGGGCAGUUCGGCGUGCCUCAGCCCUGGUACUUCUUCAUCAUGCCCUCCUAUUGGUGUGGGAAGCCAAGGGCGGUUGCAGGGAAGGAGGAAGAAGACAGUGACCCUGAGAAAGCGCUCAGAAACGAGUACUUUGAAGCCGAGCCAGAGGACCUGGUGGCGGGGAUCAAGAUCAAGCACCUGUCCAAGGUGUUCAGGGUGGGGAAUAAGGACAGGGCGGCCGUCAGAGACCUGAACCUGAAUCUGUACGAGGGGCAGAUCACCGUCCUGCUGGGCCACAAUGGCGCCGGGAAGACCACCACCCUUUCUAUGCUCACAGGUCUCUUUCCCCCCACCAGUGGACGGGCAUACAUCAGCGGGUAUGAAAUUUCCCAGGACAUGGUUCAGAUCCGGAAGAGCCUGGGCCUGUGCCCGCAGCACGACAUCCUGUUUGACAACUUGACAGUCGCAGAGCACCUUUAUUUCUAUGCCCAGCUGAAGGGCCUGUCACGCCAGAAGUGCCCUGAAGAAGUCAAGCAGAUGCUGCACAUCAUCGGCCUGGAGGACAAGUGGAACUCACGGAGCCGCUUCCUGAGCGGGGGCAUGAGGCGCAAGCUCUCCAUCGGCAUCGCCCUCAUCGCAGGCUCCAAGGUGCUGAUACUGGACGAGCCCACCUCAGGCAUGGACGCCAUCUCCAGGAGGGCCAUCUGGGACCUUCUUCAGCGGCAGAAAAGUGACCGCACCAUCGUGCUGACCACCCACUUCAUGGAUGAGGCUGACCUGCUGGGAGACCGCAUCGCCAUCAUGGCCAAGGGGGAGCUGCAGUGCUGCGGGUCCUCGCUGUUCCUCAAGCAGAAAUAUGGUGCCGGCUAUCACAUGACGCUGGUGAAGGAGCCGCACUGCAACCCGGAAGACAUCUCCCAGCUGGUCCACCACCACGUGCCCAACGCCACGCUGGAGAGCAGCGCUGGGGCCGAGCUGUCUUUCAUCCUUCCCAGAGAGAGCACGCACAGGUUUGAAGGUCUCUUUGCCAAACUGGAGAAGAAGCAGAAAGAGCUGGGCAUUGCCAGCUUUGGGGCAUCCAUCACCACCAUGGAGGAAGUCUUCCUUCGAGUUGGCAAGCUGGUGGACAGCAGCAUGGACAUCCAGGCCAUCCAGCUCCCUGCCCUGCAGUACCAGCACGAGAGGCGUGCCAGCGACUGGGCUGUGGACAGCAACCUCUGUGGGGCCAUGGACCCCUCCGACGGCAUUGGAGCCCUCAUCGAGGAGGAGCGCACCGCUGUCAAGCUCAACACUGGGCUCGCCCUGCACUGCCAGCAGUUCUGGGCCAUGUUCCUGAAGAAGGCCGCAUACAGCUGGCGCGAGUGGAAAAUGGUGGCGGCACAGGUCCUGGUGCCUCUGACCUGCGUCACCCUGGCCCUCCUGGCCAUCAACUACUCCUCGGAGCUCUUCGACGACCCCAUGCUGAGGCUGACCUUGGGCGAGUACGGCAGAACCGUCGUGCCCUUCUCAGUUCCCGGGACCUCCCAGCUGGGUCAGCAGCUGUCAGAGCAUCUGAAAGACGCACUGCAGGCCGAGGGACAGGAGCCCCGCGAGGUGCUCGGUGACCUGGAGGAGUUCUUGAUCUUCAGGGCCUCUGUGGAGGGGGGCGGCUUUAAUGAGCGGUGCCUUGUGGCAGCGUCCUUCAGAGAUGUGGGAGAGCGCACGGUUGUCACCGCCUUGUUCAACAACCAGGCGUACCACUCUCCAGCCACUGCCCUGGCCGUCGUGGACAACCUUCUGUUCAAGCUGCUGUGCGGGCCUCACGCCUCCAUUGUGGUCUCCAACUUCCCCCAGCCCCGGAGUGCCCUGCAGGCUGCCAAGGACCAGUUUAACGAGGGCCGGAAGGGAUUCAACAUUGCCCUCAACCUGCUCUUCGCCAUGGCAUUCUUGGCCAGCACGUUCUCCAUCCUGGCGGUCAGCGAGAGGGCCGUGCAGGCCAAGCACGUGCAGUUUGUGAGCGGAGUCCACGUGGCCACUUUCUGGCUCUCUGCUCUGCUGUGGGACCUCAUCUCCUUCCUCAUCCCUAGUCUGCUGCUGCUGGUGGUGUUCAAGGCCUUCGACGUGCGUGCCUUCACGCGGGACGGCCACGUGGCCGACACCCUGCUGCUGCUCCUGCUCUACGGCUGGGCCAUCAUCCCCCUCAUGUACCUGAUGAACUUCUUCUUCUCGGGAGCGGCCACCGCCUACACAAGGCUGACCAUCUUCAACAUCCUGUCAGGCAUCGCCACCUUCCUGAUGGUCACCAUCAUGCGCAUCCCAGCUGUAAAACUGGAAGAACUUUCCAAAACCCUGGAUCGCGUGUUCCUGGUGCUGCCCAACCACUGUCUGGGGAUGGCAGUCAGCAGUUUCUACGAGAACUACGAGACGCGGAGGUACUGCACCUCCUCUGAGGUCGCCGCCCACUACUGCAAGAAAUAUAACAUCCAGUACCAGGAGAACUUCUAUGCCUGGAGCGCCCCGGGGGUCGGCCGGUUCGUGGCCUCCAUGGCCGCCUCAGGGGGUGCCUACCUCAUCCUGCUCUUCCUCAUCGAGACCAACCUGCUUCAGAGACUCAGGGGCCUCCUCUGCGCCCUCCGGAGGAGGCGGACACUGACAGAAUUAUACACCCGGAUGCCUGUGCUUCCUGAGGACCAAGAUGUGGCGGAUGAGAGGACCCGCAUCCUGGCCCCCAGCCCAGACUCCCUGCUCCACACACCUCUGAUUAUAAAGGAGCUCUCCAAGGUGUACGAGCAGCGGAUGCCCCUCCUGGCCGUGGACAGGAUCUCCCUCGCGGUGCAGAAAGGGGAGUGCUUCGGCCUGCUGGGCUUCAAUGGAGCUGGGAAGACCACGACUUUCAAAAUGCUGACCGGGGAGGAGAGCCUCACUUCUGGGGAUGCCUUUGUCGGGGGUCACAGAAUCAGCUCUGAUGUCGGAAAGGUGCGGCAGCGGAUUGGCUACUGCCCGCAGUUUGAUGCCUUGCUGGACCACAUGACAGGCCGGGAGAUGCUGGUCAUGUAUGCUCGGCUCCGGGGCAUCCCUGAGCGCCACAUUGGGGCCUGCGUGGAGAACACUCUGCGGGGCCUGCUUCUGGAGCCACACGCCAACAAGCUGGUCAGGACGUACAGUGGUGGUAACAAGCGGAAGCUGAGCACCGGCAUCGCCCUGAUCGGAGAGCCUGCUGUCAUCUUCCUGGAUGAGCCGUCCACUGGCAUGGACCCCGUGGCCCGGCGCCUGCUUUGGGACACCGUGGCACGAGCCCGAGAGUCUGGCAAGGCCAUCGUCAUCACCUCCCACAGCAUGGAGGAGUGUGAGGCCCUGUGCACCCGGCUGGCCAUCAUGGUGCAGGGGCAGUUCAAGUGCCUGGGCAGCCCCCAGCACCUCAAGAGCAAGUUCGGCAGCGGCUACUCCCUGCGGGCCAAGGUGCAGAGCGAAGGGCAGCAGGAGGCGCUGGAGGAGUUCAAGGCCUUCGUGGACCUGACCUUUCCAGGCAGCGUCCUGGAAGAUGAGCACCAAGGCAUGGUCCAUUACCACCUGCCGGGCCGCGACCUCAGCUGGGCAAAGGUUUUCGGUAUUCUGGAGAAAGCCAAGGAAAAGUACGGCGUGGACGACUACUCCGUGAGCCAGAUCUCGCUGGAACAGGUCUUCCUGAGCUUCGCCCACCUGCAGCCGCCCACCGCAGAGGAGGGGCGAUGAGGGCUGUAGCUGUCUCGCCACCAGGCAGGGACGGGAUGGGCAAGCAGGGCCCAGCUUACAUCCUCUUUUUCCAAGUUUAUCUCAUCCUUUAUUUUUAAUCACUUUUUUCUAUGAUGGAUAUGAAAAAUUCAAGGCAGUAUGCACAGAACGGACGAGUGCAGCCCAGCCCUCAUGCCCAGGAUCACCAUGCGCGUCUCCACAUCUGCACACUCUGGAGUUCAUUUUCCCAGAGCUGGAGCAGGCUGGGCAGUCUGCGGGCAAGCCCCGGGGACUCUGGGUGGAGAACUGACCCAGGAAGGGCUGCAGCUGAGCUGGGGGGUUGAAUUUCUCCAGGCACUCCCUGGAGAGAGGACCCAGUUAUUUGUCCACGUUUACACAUGACAUUAAUCUCCCCUGGGGAGGAAGCCGGAAGCCAGCCAGGUUGAACUGCAGCGAGGCCCCCAGGCCACCAGGAAUGGACCAUGCAGAUCACUGUCGGUGGAGGGAAGCUGCUGACUGUGAUUAGGUGCUGGGGUCUUAGCGUCCAGCGCAGCCCGGGGGCCUCCUGGAGGCUCUGCUCCUUAGGGCAUGGUAGCCACCGCGGAGCUGGGCACCGUCCCACAGCAUCUCCUAGAAGCAGCCGGCACAGGAGGGAAGGUGGCCAGGCUCGAAGCAGUCUCUGUUCCCAGCACUGCACCUUCAGGAAGUUGCCCGUCCCAGGACACGCAGGGACCACCCCAAGGGCUGGGUGGCUGUCUCGAGGACACACUGAAUACGUUGUGACCAUUCAAAAAAUAAAUGUUGAGGGGACACAGUCA